AUGGCCUCCCGCCGAGACGGCGGCGGACGCGGCUUCGGCCCGCUCUCGUUCCUCGCCAGCGUCUACGACCUCGACACGCUCGACACGCGCUUCACCACGCCGUCCUCGGUGCCGUACCGGGCCGCGAUCGAGAAGAGGGAGCACGACGCCAGGCCGGACAGGCGGGCCGAGCCGUCCAAAUGGGCCACCCCCGAGUUCUACUUCUACUACCUGGUCUUCCUGACCGUGGUGCCCUACAUGUUCUGGAUUGCCUACGAUGUGUCCAGGCCAUCGGAUCCACGGUAUGGCAAGUUUGCGCAUCUGCUUUCGGACGGCUGGAUUCCGGGGCGCAAGAUCGACGUGUCGGACGCGCAGUACCAUACCUUCAGGGUCAACCUGCCCUACAUGGCGCUGCUCCUCAUCUUCCACCCGCUCCUGCGCAGGGUCUGGAAUGCCGUGGUGUAUCCCGCUUCGCAGGAGGCAAGAACCGCCAGGACGGCGAAUUCCCCCGACGCGGCCGAGGCGAGGCUGCGCCAGCGCGCGUCCUUUGACUAUGCGUUUGCCCUCCUCUACCUGGUUGUUUUGCAUGGCUUCUCCGCUGUGAAGAUCCUCCUGAUACUGGCUGUCAACUACAAGCUCGCGACGGGCCUACCGAGGAAGUACAUCCCCGCCGUGACGUGGGUAUUCAACGUCUGCAUCCUCUUCGCCAACGAAUUGUGCGAGGGGUACAAGUUCCGCGAUGUUGCGCUGCUUCUGACCGGGAGGCCGGCUGUGGACUUGAUGAUUGACCCCCCUGCCCUGGUGAAGCUGGGCGACUGGCUUGACAGUUAUGGCGGCCUCAUGUCGCGAUGGGAGAUCCUCUUCAACAUCACCGUCCUCCGCCUCAUCAGCUUUAACUUGGACUACUACUGGAGCCUAGACAGACGGAGCUCUAGCCCCAUCGAGAAGAAACAACUGGACCCCGCGAACCUCUCCGAGCGUGACCGCAUCGCUAUCCCCGCCCACCCACAGGACUUCUCCUUCCGUAACUAUGUCGCGUACACCAUCUACGCGCCGCUCUACCUGACCGGGCCCAUCAUCACCUUCAACGACUACAUCUCCCAGCAGCGCUACCAGCCGGCCACGCUCUCCCGCUCCCGCACGCUCAAGUACGGGGUCCGCUUCGCCCUCGUGCUGCUCGCCAUGGAGCUCGUGCUGCACUACGACUACGUGGGCGCCAUCUCCAAGGCGGGGCCGGAGUGGUCGUCGUACACGCCGGCGCAGCUCUCGCUGCUGUCCUACUUCAACCUGCACAUCAUCUGGCUCAAGCUGCUGCUGCCCUGGCGCUUCUUCCGCCUCUGGAGCCUGGCCGACGGCGUCGACCCGCCCGAGAACAUGGUGCGCUGCCCCAGCAACAACUACAGCACGCUCUCCUUCUGGCGCGGCUGGCACCGCAGCUACUACCGCUGGCUGCUGCGCUACAUCUACAUCCCCCUCGGCGGGUCCAGCUUCCGGUCCGCCGCCGACGCCGCCCGCACCGUGCUCACAUACCUCGUCGUGUUCACCUUCGUGGCCCUGUGGCACGACAUCCAGCUGAACCUGCUGAUCUGGGGCUGGCUGGUCGUGGUGUUCUUCCUGCCCGAGAUCGCGGCCAGCUAUCUGUUUCCGAGGCGAAAGUGGGAAGGCAGGCCCACGGCGUACAGGAUGCUGUGUUGUGUCGGCGCAGUGGGAAAUGUGCUGAUGAUGAUCUCGGCGAAUCUGGUGGGUUUCGCCGUUGGCUUGGAUGGGCUGGCGAACAUUGUGAAGGGCAUCUUUCAGGAUUAUUCCGGGCUUGUGUUCCUUGUCACCGCGUGCUCGGCCUUGUUUGUGGGUAUCCAGGUCAUGUUUGAGAUCCGGCAGUCCGAGUUGAGGCGGGGGAUCGAUCUGAAGUGCUGAGCUACCUGGCCUUGUAUUUCCAAUGGAGGGGUGGAUUUACGUUGUUGGUCCUUCUGUUGGGUCUGAUGAAAGCCAACCCGGUGUAUGCGGUCCAGCGGCGUGACUGCGGCUCCAGUGUCACAUUGAUUCGUGAUUUAUUGCCGCCUCCCAUGAUACCCAGCUUACCAAGUAUUGAGAGGAGGACAAGUCGAGUCGAAACACCUGCACCCCUGUAACCACGGGUAUAAAACC